AUGGAAGCAGAGGUGUUGAACCCCCAGAUGAUGGCAGACGUCAAUGGCAACAAUAAAAUCACCAACGCGGAGCUGGAGGUGUUAAAGCUUCAGGAAUUGGUCCGAAAAUUGGAGAAGCAAAACGAACAAUUGCGGACUCGAGCGAACGCUGUAAACAAUUGCUCCGUCGGCCCUCAUCUCCAGACCUCGUUGUCGUGUCUGCACGGAGGCACGUCGUGCCCGGCUGACAAUUUCUCCAGUAAAUAUGGCACUCCGAGCCCGACGCAGUCGCAUCCGUGUGCCCCCGGACCCCGAGGCUCAGCCGACGAACCGUUCGCCUAUUUUCAGCCGAGCUCGGUGUCUCCCGACGCCGCUGGGGAGGACAGCGGCGCCGCCGGAGCCGCAACUGUUUUGGAUGAGGUGGAUGUUUUGGACCUCAGCGUCGUGCUCCCUGUCGGAGAGCCUGAUAGCUGGCUGUACGUGAGUCCCAGAGCCAGGCUGCAGGGUGAGAGCGUCCUCAGCCCUCUCCAGUGGUGCAGGCAGGUACUGGACCACCCGGGGCCCGAGGUGGAGCUGGCUAAGAUGACCCUCUGUCACAGACUGGACCAGGCUAAGCGGAGGCGAGGACUCUCCUCCGUCCGUCCAUACAGCUGCAUAGAGGGGCUCUCCACCCUCAGCUGCCCCGUCCUGCCUUACACCAAAUCUGCUGCACUAACCGAGUCCCCAGCCCCGUUGCCGUCGUCAGGUCAGUCUUUUCUCCAGUCGACUCUCCCGCUCAGGCCCAGCUGCAGCCUCAGCGACAGAGCGCCCACCUUCCUGUCAAACUCCGCUCUCCACAGUGUGGGUCGCCGGCAUGCAGCAAUCAGCCCCCAGUCUUCCUUGGACAGCGAGGUGGGUGUGUCAGAGCUGGAGGAGGACUCCAUCUCGAUGAGCUACAAACUGCAUGACAUGACAGACGUGGAGGUCAUGGCACGACUUCAGGAGGAGAGUCUCCGACAGGACUACGCCUCUACCUCAGCCACAGCCAGCCGUCGCAGCUCCAGCUUCUCCUUACACUCCCUCAGGCGCAGCGAGAUGGAUCUGGAGGAGGAGGACGAGGAGGACGAGGUGUACGACCAGCUCCCUCCUCCGCAGCCUCGACUGUUCCGCACAGGGUCUAUGCAGCGGGGCAGCCUGCCCCACUCUCACACCUUCUCUAGUAUCAGAGACUGCAGACGCAGCUCGGCCACGCCUCAGUUUUCACUCAGUGGACUCUCCCAGUACUCUGGACCCUCCAGCCUGACCACAGAAACACACACAGGGUACAGGAAUAGCACAGACAAGCUACGGAGAAGCAUGCCCAACCUGAUCCGAGCUCCCAGCAUGCCCAGUGUUCCCAGCAUUCCAUGCCUGGCUUCCCCCGUCAACCCACCCUCCCACGGUCCCUCCUCCUUGCCAACGAUAUCCUCCCUGCGGAGCAGCCAGAGCUUUGACUCAUCCAAUGGGCUCGCACGACUCCAGUCCUCCAUUCCUUCCCCAGGGCAGCUCAGUCAGCGGGUCCAGAGCGUGGGCAACUUCCCCACCACUCCCCGACACCCACUAAAAGCCACAGCCUACGUAAGCCCCACAGUGCUGCAGGGCCCCACCUCUACCUCCCUGUCCACCUCCGUCAGUCUACACUCCAUCCCCAGCAGUGCCGCGCUGCCUCAGCCCCUCAAACCCAGCAGCAGUUUGGUACCACAGCCCCUAAAAGUCAGCGCCAACCCGCCGGCCAUCCCUCGCAGCUCCCUUCCUCGCCCGGCUUCCUUUGUAGGAACGAGUGGAGUUCCGCGUGCAAGCAAAAUCACCCAACCCACACGCAGUUUGCUGACCCCUCCAAAGAGCCUGGCUGCCCUGAGCGCCCUGAGGGAUGGCAGCUGGAAAGACGGCUGCUACUGAACCCAAACAACAUUAAGCGGUACACAGGGUAACGCUGCACGGG